AUGACACCCUGCGCCGCUAUCGGAGAUCAGAAGCAGCAAUUCAAUGUGUCUCUUGUGGGUCUCUUUAUAUCGUCCGUGUGCCUGAAAUUGCUUCUUGUACCAUCUUACAGAAGCACUGACUUUGAAGUGCAUCGAAACUGGAUGAGUCUUACGCACAAGUUGCCACGUCAUAUGUGGUACCAUGAAAGCACAAGUGAAUGGACUUUGGACUAUCCACCCUUCUUCGCCUACUUUGAAUACGCGCUAAGCUAUGCGGCAUCAAUUGUUGAUGAUUCCAUGUUGGUGCUUAGCUCUACGCCUGUGUUUUCGCCCUCAAUUCUGCUCUUUCAACGACUCAGCGUCAUCAUAUCGGAUGUUGUGUUGUUCUAUGCAUUAAACGCCUAUUGCUCAUCCUUGCCUACUCUAACCACCUCAGAGUGGGCAUUUUCAAAGCGGCUAGCGAUUAUGCUCAUUACUGUAUUCGACGCCGGAUUGCUAUACGUGGACCAUAUUCACUUUCAGUAUAAUGGGAUGCUACUUGGUCUGCUGAUCUUAUCAACUACCAAAUUAAGACUGCAUCAGGAUCUCCAGGGAGCCUUUCUGUACGCUGUUUUACUCAUGUUCAAGCACAUUUAUUUGUAUGCAGCGCCUCUCUAUUUCAUCUACUUACUGGGGCACUAUUGCUACGUAAGAAGACUUGAACCCGCGGCAUCUCAUAGCGAUGAUCAUAUCAGGAAUAAGAAUAAAUUGCUUGAGACAAGGUCAAGCUCCAGGAUACGGGAUUUACGUGAGAGCAAUGCCAACUUUUCAAUCUGGAAUUUUUUAAAGCUCGGAGUCCUAGUUUUUCUAGUGUUCGCCGUUGCGUUUGGAAGUAUUUUGUGGAACCAUGAAGACAAGAUCGCCGGAAUGAAGCAGAUUUUGUCACGACUUUUUCCAGUGCAACGGGGGUUGUGUCAUGCGUAUUGGGCGCCAAAUGUAUGGGCGCUAUAUGCGAUGCUAGACAAAGUGCUGGUUAUUCUCGGAUGUCCUGCUUCUACUGAAGGCAUUGCACUCAUGAGUGGGGGACUUGUACAGGAAGCAAGCUUCGCGGUGCUGCCUGCAAUAUCUCCGCUAGUGUGUGCUGUGCUGACAUUUGCAUUGAUGACUCCAGUGCUAAGGAGCAUUUGGAGAUACCCGGACUCGUCGUUAUUUACGAGUGCACUUGCUUAUUGUAUGCUGUGUUCGUUCCUACUUGGUUAUCACGUGCACGAAAAGGCUAUUCUUCAAGUGACUUUGCCUCUUGCUCUCAUGGCUACCGAAAAUGUUGCCAACAUGCGCUUGUAUAGGUUUGCCUCUGGGGUUGCAACUAUUUCGCUCUUUCCACUAUUAUUCACUCCAGCAGAACAAGUGUCUAAGGUUCUACUGGGUGCUUGUCAUGCUUUAUUGGCUAAGGUCGUUCUUGUACCGUCUCUCAAGCUUUCACUUAAGGAACUCCAAAUCAAGAACACUAUUGUAAGGAUGUCUCAAUUUGAGCGACUUUUCUUGACCGGACUAGCUGGUAUAACUUUGUUAGCAGGUUUGUUUCCGUACAUCCCACGCUUCGGUGUUCGAUACCCGUUUCUUCCUCUGAUGAUGAUUUCAGUGGGAUGUGCCAUUGGUAAUCUUUACGUGUGGGGCUUUGCCUUAACGCAACACUUUCGUAAAGUUGACGCAGUGCUUGAUCGCAGAAGCUCAGAUAAGCAAUAG